CUCCUAGGGCCCACUCUGGCUCCCUUCGCCGCGGAAAUGACCGGUGAGUUCGCCUCUCAGCUUACACGCUGUGCGCCCAAGCGGUUUGCCACUUGCGCUUCCCUGAACUCCAUCUUCCAAGUCCAGGACCUCAGCCAUUCCCUCACAGUGCUUGCAGCUGAGGCUGGUCGCCUCUCCAAGAACAUCAUAAGCCAUGGCUUCGCUCUGUCCGAUUUUGGGGACAUGAACGACGUCAAGAAGGUCCUCCAAGACCUUACUGCGGAGAGGCAGAUCUACCAGGAGGCCGCCGAGCGCCAGGAAGCAGCGGCCAAGGCUAAGGAAGAGAGGGCCAAGGCCAGGGAGGAGGAGGCCAUCCGGAGGGAGGCUCAGGCGGAGGACAUGAUCCAGGCCGAGGCCCAGCGGAGAGGCAGGAUGGAGGCCCAUCAUCAGGAGGAGCUAAGGGCUCAAACCGAGGCUGCCGAGAAGGCUAGGCGGGACCUUCGGGAGGCCAGGGAGGCUUUGGACGAAAUGGCCGUCAAGGUGAGGUCUCUAGAGGAGACUCACCAGUCGGAUAUUGAAUCCAAGGCCGCUCUGGCUGCGGAGUUGAAGGAGCUUCGGGACUAUAAAGAUCAGUCUAUUAGGAAGGCCAAGAGGGCCGAGCUCCUUUCUCCCGUCUCCUGUGCCCGGUGCCCGAAGCGCUUUGAUGAUGGUGUCUACAUGGCUUGGGCCACCAACGAUCAGAGUAUCAAGCUUUCCUUCUAUCCCAAACCCGAGGACAUGAUUGCCAAAUUUCGGGAGAAGAAGAAGAGACUUGAUGCUGAGCUUGAGGCACGGAUCGGACCUCGUCUUCCACCGCGGGCUGACUGAGCUGCCGUAUUACUGACCCAGAUUGUACUCGUUCUUUUCAUAA